GACAGUAUGGCGGCGGGGUGCAGCUGGAAGGAUGCUACCGUCGCCCGUGAUGUGUCUAUCGCCGGUAGGACGUAAAUGGAGUAUUGACGACAAAACCAGGAGAGGAUUUACCGAGAAAGGCUUGUCGACGUGAGCUGUCAAGAUGGCCAGGCUCGCCGACUACUUUUUAGUGGUCACUUACGACCUCGACAAGCGAGUGGAGGGUGAAGGUCAAGGUCGCAUUCUCCAACGGUUUCCUGAGAAAGACUGGGAGGACAGCCCGUUCCCACAAGGCAUAGAGCUGUUCUGUCAGCCCAGCGGUUGGCAGCUGGUUCCUGAGCGGCAGCCCGCCUCCUUCUUUGUAGCUGUUUUGACUGACAUCAACUCGGAGCGUCACUACUGCGCCUGCUUCACCUUCUGGGAGGGACUCGACCGACAACAGCUGCAGAAGGCCGAAGCUAGCGAGGCAGAUGAAGCGGAUGAAGAGCCAGCUGUUGUCCAGUCAGCUCAGGUCUUCUCUCCAAAGAGCCUGGUGCUGGUGUCCCGACUGGACUACCCCGAGGUGUUCAGGAACUGUCUGGGUCUGAUCUACACCGUCCAUGUCGAUAGCCUCACUGUUCCUUUGGAAACGGUGAUUGGAAACCUCCUCACAUGUGUCAUCCCCAUCGCCGGAGGCUCACAGAUAAAUGAAUCCCCAGUUUGUAGUUUAGAAAUGGUUCCUCAGGUCCUGGCCUGUGACUGGCUGCUGGCCUGUCUCCAGCCGGGCCAGGAGGAGAGAGAGGAGAGUUUGAGGACGAUAACGUUAGGUGCUGGUGACCGGCAAGUCAUCCAGACCCCCAUCGAUGACUCGCUUCCUGUCAGCGGUACCAGCGUGGCCCAGCUUUUCAGACAGCUCGGUAUUGUCAACGUGUUGUAUCUGUUCUGUGCUGCCCUGACCGAGCAUAAGAUCCUGUUCCUGUCCAGCAGCUAUCAGAGACUAACAGAUGCAUGUCGGGGUCUGCUGGCCAUCAUGUUUCCCCUCAAAUACAGCUUCACCUACGUCCCCAUCCUCCCAGGAAAGCUCCUCGAAGUCCUCAGCACCCCCACCCCUUUCAUCAUUGGUGUUAAUUCAUUCUUUCGAUCAGAGACACAGGAACUGUUGGACGUGAUCAUCGCAGACCUGGACGGCGGCACGGUGACGAUCCCCGAGUGUGUCCACAUCUCUCUGCUGCCUGAGCCGCUCCUCCAGCAGACCCAGACGGUUCUCUCCAUGGUUUUGGAUCCAGAGCUGGAAAUCGCUGAUCAUGCUUUUCCCCCUCCCUCCACCAACCCUUCUGCACUAAAAAUCCAGGAUAAGGAGAUCCGGGGAGUUUUCCUGUGGUUGUUCGCUCGGCUUUUUGAAGGCUAUCGCUGGUGUCUACACAUCAUCCGAAUCCACCCAGAACCAGUGAUCCGCUUCCACAAGGCGGCGUUCCUUGGUCAGAGGGCGUUGACGGAGGAUGACUUCCUCAUGAAGGUGUUAGACGGCAUGGCAUUUGCAGGCUUUGUUUCAGAAAGAGGACCUCCGUACAGAGCCACCGACCUGUUUGAUGAUCUGGUAGCCAAUCAAGUGGAGAGGAUACGACAGGAAGAGGCGUGUCCACACAAAGUGAUGAAUCACAUAAAGGAGCUGGCUGAGCAGCUCUUCAAAAAUGAGAAUCCGUAUCCCGCUGUGGCUAUGCACAAAGUCCAGCGGCCGUCAGAAAAUAGUCAAACGCCUGCACAAAAUCAGACUCAGUUCCCCAUGCUGGACGACGUCGCGGUGCAGCUUUUCAUCGACCACGCUGCUGCCAAACUCAAAACGGCACCUCCUGUGGUCAAAGCUGAGCUAAAGGGCAUGGUGCCAUCUGGACCUCCACUGGGGGACAUUGUCGACAGGAACGGCAGCGUGAUGGCGAACAGUGCCCGCAGGCUUGAGGUGGUCAGGAACUGCAUCACGUACAUCUUUGAGAACAAAAUGCUGGAGGCUAAGAAGUUAAUGCCAGCUGUGCUGCGAGCGUUGAAGGGCCGUGCAGCUCGGAUCUGUUUGACCCAAGAAUUGAAUCAGCACGUCCUGCAGAACCGAGCUGUUCUGGAUGAUCAGCAGUUUGAUUACAUCGUCCGAAUGAUGAACUGCACCUUACAGGACUGCUCACAUAUGGAUGAACAUGGCAUAGCAGCGGCUCUUCUUCCACUGGUUACCGCUUUUUGCAGAAAACUGGGCGCGGGGAUCACUCAGUUCGCUUACAGCUGCGUUCAGGAGCACAUGGUGUGGACCACCAUGCAGUUCUGGGAGGCCAUGUUUUACAGCGACGUGCAGAACCACAUCAGAGCUCUGUACUUGGAGACGGAAGAAGGAGAGCAGCAGAAUACCUCUGAGCAGCAGGAGGGUUCAGCCACCAAGCGGGAAAUCAGCGCCCUGGAGCUAGCAUCGGAGCAGAACCGUCUGUGGCCGACGCUCAGUAAAGAGAUGCAGGCAGAGCGUGUGCAGAAAGAGGAGAGCACCGUGUUCAGCCAGGCCAUCCACUACGCCAACAGGAUGAGCUACCUGCUGCUGCCGCUCGACACCAGCAAGAACCGACUGCUGAGGAGCUCCGGCCUCGGAGACGUGGAGAGCGUCAGCAACAGCUACGUCACAAACAGUAUUGCAGGCAGCAUGGCAGAGAGCUACGACACAGAGAGUGGCUUCGAAGAUGCUGAGAGCUCAGAUGUGGCCAACUCAGUGGUUCGCUUCAUUAACCGCUUCGUCGACAAAGUGUGCAAUGAGAGCGGAGUGACCAAUGAGCACCUGAAGGCUCUCCACACCAUGAUACCAGAUAUCGUUCAGAUGCACAUCGAGACGUUGGAUGCAGUCCACAGGGAGAGCAAGAGACUGCCUCCCAUUCAAAAGCCCAAGCUGCUGAGGCCGACCCUCCUGCCCGGCGAGGAGCUGGUGAUGGACGCCAUGCGAGUCCACCUGAUCCCUGACGGCCGGGAGGAGGCCACGGGCCUGAUGGGAGGUCCGCCUCUGCUUCCUGCUGAGGGCGCCAUCUUCCUCACUACCUACAGGCUCAUCUUCAGGGGCACGCCCACCGACCCACUGGUGGGAGAGCAGGUUGUGACUCGCUCGUUCCCCAUCGCCUCCCUGACAAAGGAGAAGAGGAUCAAUGUUACUUUACCCAUGGAUCAGUUUGUCCAGGAGGGGCUACAGCUGCGAUCCUGCACCUUCCAGCUGAUAAAGAUUGCAUUCGAUGAAGAGGUGGCGUCAGACCUGGCCGAGGUUUUCAGGAAGCACAUGCACAAGCUGCGCUAUCCUCAGCAUGUCCAGGGAACCUUCGCCUUUACUGUGGGUCAGUGUGGGAAGCUGGUGGUGGAGCACAAAACCAAGGACAAGAACCAGUCACUCAAGACGCUGUCUAAAAACCUAGUGAAGAGUGCAAAGAGAACAAUCGGGCGUCAGUAUGUGACCAGGAAGAAGUAUUCUCCCCCCACAUGGGAGAACAGGAGCAGCUUCCAGUCAGAACUGGACGAGGAUGAAAUCUCAGUUUCAGAAGAAGUGGACCAGAGCUCCCUCACCCUCUCCUCCACCAUCCGUUCAUCUGACAGACAGACCAUGAGCAAUGUCGUUGAGCGUGCAUGCUGCCGCGACUACCAGCGGCUUGGUCUGGGCACGCUCAGUAACAGCCUGACUCGCUCUAAGAACGAGCCUUUCAGGAUUUCAACCGUCAACCGCAUGUACACUGUCUGCAGGAGCUACCCCGGCCUGCUGAUUGUGCCUCAGAGCAUCCCUGACACGACCAUCCAGAGGAUCUGCCGCUGCUAUCGACAAAAUCGCUUCCCCGUGGUCUGCUGGAGGAAUUCACGAACAAAGGCCGUCCUGCUAAGGUCUGCAGGACUCCACGCCAAGGGGGUGGUGGGCUUCUUUAAGUCGCCAAACGCUCCUUCUGCAGUUCCCUCACAGGCUGACUCGACCAGUCUGGAGCAGGAGAAGUACCUGCAGGCCAUCAUCAGCUCCAUGCCUUCAUACAGCGAGAGCAGUGGCAGGAACACACUCAGCGGCUUCACCUCCACACAUAUGAGCACCUCAGACUCAACAGACAAGCUGAGGCAGCCUAAGAUCGGCGCUCUGAUGAAGCAGGUGAUGGGAACGAAGGAGGACAUUCCUGGGACGUUUAGCAGAGGAGCUCUGGGUCAAAGGGCCAGAGUCAUCUCCCUCUCACAGCCCAAAGUGUCUGGCAAGGCCAGGAACCCUCCUAGAGGUAAAUGGGGCAGCAUUCGGGGCAGUGGGCGUCUAAGUGCCUAUAACCCAGACGUAGGGACACGUCUGGCAGGGAAGGAGUCACCACAGCCCAACGGUGGACCAAGUGAGGCGCUGUUCUUCCGCCAGCAGAAGGCCUACCUCUACAUCAUUGGGGACAAGGCCCAGCUCAAGGGAGGGAAGCAGGACUCGUUCCAGCAGUGGGAGGUGGUUCCCAUCGAGGUCUGUGACGUACGGCAGGUGAAAAACAGCUUCAAGAAGCUGAUGAAGGCCUGCGUGCCAAGCUCCCCAACCCCUGACCCCAACAUGAGCUUCCUGCGUUGCCUGGAGGAGUCAGAGUGGAUGGCUCUGCUGCACCGGGUGCUUCAGGUGUCAGUCCUGGUGGUGGAGCUUCUUGAUGCGGGUUCAUCGGUCAUGGUCAGCCUGGAGGACGGCUGGGAUGUCACUACACAGGUGGUGUCUCUGGUGCAGCUGCUGUCUGAUCCGUACUACCGAACCUUUGACGGCUUCCGGCUGCUGGUGGAGAAGGAGUGGCUGUCGUUUGGUCACAGAUUCAGCCACAGAGGAGCACAGACACUGGGCAGUCAGAGUAGCGGAUUCACUCCGGUCUUCCUGCAGUUUCUGGACUGCGUGCAUCAGAUCCACCUUCAGUUCCCCAUGGAGUUUGAGUUCAGUCAGUACUACCUGAAGUUCCUGGCCUACCACUACGUGUCCAACCGCUUCCGUACCUUCCUGCUCGACUCUGACUACGAACGCAUAGAGCUUGGUGUGCUUUAUGAGGAGAAAGGUGAGAGGAAGAGCCCUCAGGUGUGUAAGUCUGUGUGGGACUACAUCGAUAGACUGAACAAGAAAACACCAAUAUUCUACAACUACAUGUUCUCUCCUGAAGACGAUGAGGUUCUGCGGCCAUACACGUUCAUCUCCAACCUGAAGGUUUGGGACUUCUACACAGAGGAGACUCUGUCAGAGGGGCCCUCAUACGACUGGGAGCUGAGGGGCCGGCCAGAGCGGGUCGCAGAGGAGACACCGGAGAAACCCGACAGCAGCGGUCCCAAAUCUCAGCGACACAUCGUGUGGCCGUGCUACGACAGCUUGAGUAAGGUAGUGCCUGACGCCAUCACCAAGCUGCUGCAAGACCUGCAGAGUCUGGAGGCAGAGCUUGGACAGACGUCAGAGAAGUGGAAGGACACGUGGGACAAGAUCAAGACCACGCAGAGAACUGAGACCAAACUGGAGAGCAAGCCAUCGUUCUCCAGCUCGUUGCUGAUGUCCUCCAACCUGAGCCACCAGCGGCGCUCUCAGGGCGUCUACUUGCAGGAGAGCGGCGUGGGCUCCUCCAUCAACCUGGCUCUGGAGUGUGAGGCCAGCGCCACCUCCACGCCUGUCGCAGGUCGGCCAAGCACAAGUACGCUGUACAGCCAGUUCCAGAGCACCGAGAGCGAGAACAGGAGUUUUGAAGGUAUCCUCUUUAAGAAAGGGGCGUUAUUGAAGCCAUGGAAACCCCGAUGGUUCGUCCUGGACAAGACCAAACAUCAGCUGAGAUACUACGAGACCAGGCAGGAUAAGGAGUGUAAAGGAGUGAUCGAGCUGGCCGACGUGGAGUCUGUUAUUCCAGGAACGCCCGCCAUGGGAGCGCCAAAAAACAUUGAGGAGAAAGCCUUCUUUGAUCUGAAGACGACGAAGCGAGUGUACAACUUCUGUGCCCAGGACAGCCUGAACGCCCAGCUGUGGAUGGACAGUGUUCAGAGCUGCCUGUCAGACGCCUAAAGUGUGGAGGCAGGACUCUUUAAUGAGCGCCUGACGGACAGCAGUAGGGGGCCGGGGCCUUUCACCACUUCUGCUCGGUUUGCUAGUAUUGAACUAAUAACCUUUUGCGUCACAAACGUUUCAGUGUUUUUGUUAUAAAAAUGAGAAAAAGAAAAAAAAAAAACGUCCCCUGAAGAACCACUCGCUGUCGUCUCUCUCGUAGCUGCAGCCUCUCAACAGUCUGACCAAUAUGUGCGCUGGAAGUCUGCCUGAACACAAACAAUGAACAUUACAGCACGUGGAUUCAUCUCUGCAGCCCAGACCAGCAUGAAGAUCUUUCCAGACCCUCCACCUGUAAACCCCUCCCCCUCCUACUAACUAGGGCUGGGCCAUAUGGACCAAAAAUCAUGUCGCUAUAGCUGAAAAGCAACACAAUAUACACACACACAUAUGUACACACAUAUGUGUGUGGGGGUGUGUGUGUGUAUAUGUAGCUCGAUGUAAAGAAAUCAGAAGUGGAAGUCACAACACCAGAAUGAUAAACUUUGAUAUGAUUCUUGCCAAAAUCCAACCAUCCACUGCAACAAAAAUAGAAAUCUUUAACUUCCAGUAUUGGGCAAUUUUUUCUGCUUAAAAAAUAUUGCAGACAAACUCCUAUACACUGUCGGAAUUUUGCAGAAAAAAAAAAAUGGCAACAUUUCUGUUUAUACUGAGAUCAUCAGAAUUUUCUGCACUUUUGAAUAACAUGUUUCAAAAUGAUCAGAUCUGUUAUUCUAACAAUCAUGGUGUCAGACUGACUAUCAGCCAUAUCUUUAACCAAAAGAAAGACAGAGCACUGUCCAAAUUGCACAAAUAAGUUGCCAACACUUAGAAAAGAAAGUGAAACUGACAUGGGUUAAGGGUUAACCUUACACUCACUAGUUCCACCUCCUUUUUCAAAUGUUGCCAAUAAAUUGUGCAGCUUUGACAAUUUUCUUGCCCAGAUGUGUGGCCAACAUGUUUGUGCAAUUUUUUAGAGUUUUGUAAUUAAGACGGUUUCCUGCUCUCCAGUAUAUUGCCAACAUAUUUGUGCAAUGUGGACAGUUUCCAUUGCUGCAAUGUGUUGCUGACUUAUUGAUGGAAUUAAGAUUCAUUUCAAUGUGUUGCCAACAUAUAUUUGCAAUUUCCAUCAUGUUUCCGACAUGGUUGUGCAAUUUAGACAGUUUCUCUCAUUUGAAUGUGUUGCUAACAUAUUUGUGCAAUCAAUACAGUUUCCAUGCUCCAUGCCACUUUUCCAAAUAUUUAAAAUGUAUUUGUGCAUUUGAGACAGUUUUCCUUACUCCAACCUCUUGGCAACAUAGUUGUGCAAUUUUAGUGAACAUGGCUGAGCAAUUGUGAUCAAUUCCUUGCUUCUACGUGUUGCCAACAUUUUUGUGCAAUUGAGACAGUUUCCCACACUCUAAUGUGCUGCCAACAUGUUUGUGCAAUCUUGAUAGUUUGACUUGCUCCACCAGUUGCCAACUUAUUUAUGAAAUUAAGACAGUUUCCAUCAUUCUGUGCUGGUUCUUGCCAUUUUUUCUAAUGUUAAAAAAUGCAUUUUUGCAUUUUAGACAGUUUCCUGCUCUACAAUGUGUUGCCCACUUGUUUGUGCAAUUGAGACAUUUUCCCUCAUUCCUCACCAGUCCCACCCACUUUUCCAAAUGUUGCCACUUGUGCAAUUUAGACAUAGUCUAGGAGUUUGCCUUUGAUUUUUUAAGGUUAAAAAUAUUAACUUGCCUGCUACUUUGUGUCUAGGACUAUUUUUGUUGCUCUGGUAUUAAACAGAUAUCAAUAUUGUUUGUUUUUUACUAACAUAAACACUCCUAAAUUAAACCUGAAUCAUUGUAAAGUAUAUCGAUACAAACUAUAAUGUCUCACCUUCUAUUUCAUUUAAGAAUACAGCCAUGUAUCUUAAAAACUCAAACGCCCAGUCCUACUACUAACCUCCCCUCCCUUUAAAACACUCCAGGAGGAAUGACGGAGGAGCUGCGCUCGGCCCAGCCACGUACAGACUCGUUAGACUCUUUCAGAGACGAUCUUAAAGAUUGACUGUUAGAUUGACGGACCAAACCAACCCUCGCUGCCUGACUUCGCCUAAUCGCAGAAAAACCCAGAGAAAAAACUUCCACAGGAGGAGGGGGGCUCCUCAACGGCUCAUGAAGGAUUUCCAUUUCUUUCUUUUUUCUUUUCUAAAUUUGAACCCGAAAGAGAUCAACGCUCACGGCAGCAGCAGGCGGUGAUGAAGAAAUACUGUGAAAGCCAUGAAUCAGUCGCAGAGAUCAAAGCGGGGGGGGUGGGGGAAGGGGACCGGUUGGACAGACGCUGCGACGUGUCGGUGAACUUUCACUGAGAGUGUUUACAAAGUCGAAUACUUCCCUCACUAAGCUAAACUCCUCACUGUGUGUUUUCAAAUCAGUACAACCACUAUGAAUGCUGAGAUGAUUUUAAGGGACGCUGAAGGAAAAAGGAGGGAUUUAUUGUGUAAUGAAUUCUUAAAAACUAUCUAUGGAAGGAUCUGGAAGGUGGGACAUGAAGAGGAGAGAUACUUCAGAGCAGAGUGAUAUUAUGGGAUGCUUCAGAGAGAAUACAGAUGUUUUAGAGGUGGACGUUGACUCACUAAGAUGUCAGAAAAUGGUUUAUUAAAGGAAAUUCUCAAAUAAGAUCCCAUUGUGACUGCUGACCGUGCUACAUUUGCAUUUAUGAUUCCAACAGCAAACGGGCCUCCUAUUUCCUUUUACAUCACUGUCUGUUUCCCCUCAAACAGUAUCAGACAGUUGCAUUCAGCUGAUUUUGGCCCAUCUUUUGCUAUGGCUAAUACCUGAAAAGUCAAAUUUGAUAUUUAUAGAAAUAAUAUCAAAUGCUUUCUUCAUGUCUAGCUGUUGAUAAAUGCAGAAAUAACUCCCCUGUUUCAGUUACUGCAGCUAACCAAAGACAGAGAAGGCGCCUACCAGUAUCAAACAAUUCUUCUAAUUGCAAAAUUCCUGCAAAACGUAUAAGUUUUUUCCACCAUCUUUUUAAUUUUACAUACUUUAUUGUCACUGCAUCUUACAUCGUUGCUGUGAGCAAACAAAUCAAUGCAAAUUUAGCACGAGCCAUCAGUCAGAGAAUUUUCCUUUAAUGACGCCAUAACCAGGAGUGAUAGUAACAUAUAUUUACAAGGUUUCAUCACCUUUACCUGUAUGCAAUGCGUUUCAGCCUGAUUUAUACUUCUGUGUCAAAUCUACGCCGCUUUAGGUUCCCUGAAUUUCUGCAGAAGCCAAUGAACAAAGCCUGGCGUGCCUCCCCAAAGUGAGGUACUGCAGAGAGGUCAUCUCCAAUGAAUAAAUAAAUAAAACUUUUAGAAUUGGCAAUGGCAAUGAAGGUGCUUUUCUUCAUCAGUGUCUCUGAUUGGUCAAACCAAAUAUGAUUAUUUGAGCUAUUAUCUGCAGAUACAGAUAUGCCGAUCAUGCCGUUCACUGUCUGAGCUGUAUGACACCCCUAAAUUAAACUGCUGGAGUCCUUAAUGCACAGUGUCAAGAAAAGAUGAUCCUGUUUAGCGGCAUGGAUUUGAUGCGUACAUAUGCCAGGCUUCAGUGUGAUGCAGUUCAGACUCAGAGUUACGAGUCUGUCAGAGAGUUGUAGAGAAACAGCACGUUUACCUGGAAGGUUUCAACCAUCACGUCACUUUUUUAUCUUUUUUGUGGGUUGUUUGUCAAACUUUCACCCCCCCUCCUCCUCCUCCUCCACACCCACACAAACGCCACUCUGACCCCCACAUGUUAACACAAACCCCCGCUCUGUAAAAUACGGUUCUACUGCUGUCUUUGUUGAACAUAAAAAUUUGAAAUUGUAGAUUUUUUUUGUGUCUAAUACUUCCUUUGUAUAUACUACUCCAGAUUUGUAUGUAACGUUUAUGGUAGUAAUUUAUUUAACUUGUCUCCUCAGUAAGAAAGUUCCUCAAACACCACUUUAUUUUAAAAUUAGGAAUUCAGUGUGCCAUUUGUUUUUUUCUGUAUUAAUGUGACUAAUGCUUUUUUUUUUUUUUUUGAAAAUGUUCCAGUAAACCCUCAAUGUCUUCUUAUGUUUUUGGUAAAUGUUGUCGUCUUUACUCAU